CAGCUAUGUAAUGUUUUUCGAUCCCAUGAAAUGGAAAUUGACCAGUGCCUGCUGGAGUCCCUUCCCCUGGGCCAAAGGCAGCGUCUGGUGAAGCGCAUGCGCUGUGAGCAAAUCAAAGCCUACUAUGAACGCGAGAAGGCUUUUCAGAAGCAAGAAGGAUUCUUGAAAAGGCUGAAGCAUGGGAAGAACCAGAAAGUUCACUUUAACCUUGCUGACAUGAUACAAGACGCAAUUAUCCACCACAAUGACAAAGAAGUGCUUCGGCUCCUGAAGGAGGGGGCAGAUCCUCACACGCUCGUUUCCUCAGGAGGGUCCUUACUCCAUCUGUGUGCUCGGUAUGACAAUGCCUUCAUUGCAGAGAUCCUGAUUGACAGAGGAGUCAAUGUCAACCACCAGGAUGAAGACUUUUGGACGCCAAUGCACAUUGCCUGUGCAUGUGAUAACCCUGAUAUUGUCCUGCUUCUUGUUUUAGCUGGAGCCAACCUCCUCCUCCAGGAUGUUAAUGGAAAUAUCCCAUUGGAUUACGCCGUAGAGGGGACAGAAUCCAGCUCUAUCCUACUGACCUAUCUGGAUGAAAACGGAGUGGAUCUGACCUCACUACGCCAGAUGAAGCUUCAGAGACCAAUGAGUAUGUUAACAGAUGUCAAACACUUCUUAUCAUCUGGAGGAAAUGUUAAUGAGAAAAAUGAUGAAGGAGUAACUCUGUUACACAUGGCCUGUGCGAGUGGCUACAAGGAGGUGGUAUCUCUCAUCCUGGAACAUGGUGGAGACCUCAAUAUAGCAGAUGACCAGUACUGGACUCCCCUCCACCUAGCAGCCAAGUAUGGCCAGACAAACCUGGUGAAACUUCUUUUGAUGCAUCAAGCAAACCCAAACCUUGUGAACUGUAAUGAAGAGAAGCCGUCAGAUAUUGCUGCAUCUGACUUUAUUGAGGAAAUGCUGCUGAAAGCUGAGAUUGCCUGGGAAGAAAAAAUGAAAGAACCUUUAUCUGUUCCUACCUUAGCACAAGAGGAGCCAUAUGAAGAGAUCAUUCACGACCUUCCAAGACUUUCCAGUAAGCUCAGUCCCCUGGUGUUACCAAUUGCCAAGCAAGACAGUUUGUUGGAAAAAGACAUUAUGUUCAAAGAUGCAACAAAAGGUCUAUGUAAACAACCGUCUCAGGACAGCACCCCUGAAAACAUCACAAUGAAUGGCUCCACCAAACCUGAGCAGGUCAAGCUGAUGCCUCCUGCUCCAAAUGAUGACCUGGCGACGCUCAGUGAGCUCAAUGAUGGUAGCCUCCUUUAUGAAAUCCAGAAGCGCUUCGGAAACAAUCAGAUAUACACUUUUAUUGGAGACAUCCUCUUGCUUGUUAAUCCAUUUAAGGAGCUUCCAAUUUAUUCUCCCAUGGUUUCCCAGCUGUACUUCAGCACCUCGGGGAAGCUGCACUCCUCCCUGCCGCCUCACCUCUUCUCCUGUGCAGAGAGAGCGUUCCACCAGCUGUUCCAGGAGCAGCGGCCUCAGUGCUUCAUUCUCAGUGGAGAAAGAGGAUCAGGAAAGUCCGAAGCCAGCAAACAAAUAAUGAGACACCUAACCUGUAGGUCUGGCUCCAGCAGGGCUAUAUUUGAAUCCAGAUUUAAACAUGUCAUGUGCAUCUUAGAAGCCUUUGGACAUGCCAAGACAACACUUAAUGAUUCGUCCAGUUGCUUCAUAAAGUAUUUUGAGCUACAGUUCUGUGAGAGGAGAAAACAUUUAACAGGAGCCAGAAUUUAUACAUAUAUGCUAGAGAAAUCCAGACUUGUUUCACAACCUCUCGGCCAGAGCAAUUUUCUCAUUUUCUACUUGUUAAUGGAUGGGUUAUCUGCUGAAGAAAAAUACGGACUUCAUCUUAAUAAUUCAUGUGCACACCGGUAUUUGAACCAGACCAUACGGGAAGAUAUAUUAACAGCAGAGCAUUCUCUGAACAGGGAGAAGUUAGCUGUUUUGAAACAAGCCCUGAAUGUAGUUGGCUUCAGCAAUUUGGAAGUGGAGAACCUGUUUGUAAUUCUGGCAGCAAUAUUACACAUUGGCGACAUUAGGUUUACUGCCUUGACUGACACGGACUCCGCAUUCGUUUCUGACCUCCAGCUUCUAGAACAAGUGGCUGGAAUGUUACAAGUAUCAACAGAUGAAUUGGCUUCUGCCUUAACAACUGAUGUUCAAUAUUUUAAAGGAGAUAUGAUAAUACAACGGCAUACUAUACAGAUUGCUGAAUUUUACCGAGAUCUCUUGGCCAAGUCCCUGUACAGCCGUUUGUUCAGCUUUUUGGUGAAUACCAUGAAUUGUUGUCUUCACAGUCAAGACGAACACAGAAGCAUGCAGACAUUGGAUAUUGGAAUACUGGACAUCUUUGGUUUUGAAGAAUUUCAAAAGAAUGAAUUUGAACAACUUUGUGUCAACAUGACCAAUGAGAAGAUGCACCACUAUAUCAAUGAAGUGCUUUUUCUACACGAGCAAGCAGAAUGUGUACAAGAGGGAGUUACCAUGGAAACAGCAUAUUCUCCUGGUAACCAGACUGGAGUUUUGGAUUUUUUUUUCCAGAGGCCAUCUGGACUUCUGUCUUUAUUGGAUGAAGAAAGUCAGAUGAUUUGGCCGAUGGAAACAAACCUUCCAAAAAAGCUGCAAAGCCUCCUAGAAUCCUCAAACACAAAUGCAGUCUAUUCCCCCAUUAAGGACGGGAAUGGGAACGUCGCCCUCAAAGACCAAGGCACAGCCUUCACUAUCAUGCACUAUGCAGGAAGGGUGAUGUAUGACAUUGUUGGAGCAAUUGAAAAAAAUAAAGACUCCCUUUCGCAGAAUCUUCUAUUUGUAAUGAAAACUAGUGAAAAUGUCGUGAUCAAUCAUUUGUUCCAGUCGAAAUUGUCACAAACAGGAUACCUCGUAUCUUCCUAUCCUUCCCUUAAAUUCCGAGGACAUAAAUCCGCCCUGCUCAAUAAGAAAAUGACAGCUUCUUCAAUUAUCGGAGAAAACAAGAAUUACCUAGAACUUAGUAAGUUAUUAAAAAAGAAAGGAACAUCUACAUUUCUUCAAAGACUGGAACGAGGAGAUCCAAUAACCAUAGCAUCACAACUCAGGAAAUCACUAACGGAUAUUAUUGGAAAGCUUCAGAAGUGCACCCCACACUUCAUUCAUUGCAUCAGGCCCAACAAUUCAAAGCUGCCAGAUACUUUUGAUAAUUUUUAUGUGUCUGCUCAGCUACAAUAUAUUGGGGUCCUGGAGAUGGUGAAGAUCUUCCGUUAUGGAUACCCCGUUCGCCUUUCCUUCUUGGAUUUCCUGUCAAGAUACAAGCCAUUGGCUGUUACAUCCCUGUGCGAGAAGAAGGAACAGUCUGCAGAGGAGCGAUGUCGGCUUGUUCUCCAGCAGUGUAAAUUACAAGGCUGGCAGAUGGGAGUCCGAAAAGUGUUUCUAAAAUACUGGCAUGCUGACCAGCUCAAUGAAUUGUGUCUACAGUUGCAGAGAAAAAUUAUAACCUGCCAAAAAGUUAUCAGAGGCUUUUUAGCACGCCAGCACUUGCUUCAGAAAAUGAGCAUCAAACAGCAAGAGGUCACUUCCAUCAAUAGCUUUCUGCAGCACACAGAGGACAUGGGGCUGAGGACCUACGAUGCCCUGGUCAUCCAGAAUGCUUCGGACAUUGCCCGGGAAAAUGACAGGCUCCGUAAUGAAAUGAACACUACCUACCAUAAAGAGAAGUUAGAGGGCAGGAACAAGCAAGAGGAAGGAACCAAAAGAGCUGAAGACAAGGGUGGACCCAGGAGUUUCCAUUCCAGCUCCGUCGUGGUCUCCACGGCGGUGGACGGCCUGGGCCAGGCGCUCGCGGGCCCGUCCAUCUGGUCUCCUUCGCUGCACUCGGUGUUCAGCAUGGAUGACAGCAGCAGCCUCCCGUCACCACGGAAACAGCCUCCGCCCAAGCCAAAGAGGGACCCCAACACCCGGCUGAGCGCCUCCUACGAGGCCGUGAGCGCCUGCCUCUCAGCAGCCAGGGAAGCAGCAAAAGAAGCUCUGACCCGGCCCAGGCCGCACAGCGAUGACUACAGCACCAUGAAGAAGAUUCCCCCUCGAAAGCCCAAGCGCAGCCCGGACACCAAGCUGAGUGGCUCCUAUGAGGAAAUCCCGGGCCCCGCGGGUGUGCAGGGGGCCUCCCUGGCCGUCGGGACCGCCCGGCGCGCCCCGCGCCCUGCCACGCAGCAGGCGGACGACGACGACGACGAGGGCGAGCCGGUGUAUAUCGAGAUGGUGGGCCACGCGGGGCGGCCCGGCGGCCCCGAGCCCGACAGCCCCGACCAGGGCGAGGCAGUGUACGAGGAGAUGAAGUUCUUUCCGCCCGAGGACGGCGGCGGCCCGGGCAGCGUCUGCUGCGCGUCCGCGUCGCCGCCCCUGUGGCCCGAGAGGCGGAGACUCGCGCCCUUCGAGGACGUGGUGCCAAGCGGCCCGGUCGCUGGGCUCCCCGGGGACGCGUGCGACAUCCCGGCUCCCUUCCCCAAUCUGCUGCCACACCGGCCCCCGCUGCUGGUGUUCCCCCCGACGCCCGCCACCUGCUCCCCGGCCUCGGACGAGUCGCCUCUGACACCCCUGGAGGUGAAAAAGUUGCCCGUCCUGGAGACCAACCUCAAAUACCCCGUGCAGCCCGAGGGCUCCAGCCCCCUGUCUCCGCAGUACUCCAAAAACCCGGAGGGGGACGGUGGCAGGCCCGCAUCCCCCGGCCUGAGGACAUUGAAUGGGCCCAGCAGAAUCUCCCCACCGCCCACGCCGCCGCCGCCGCCGCCGCCGCCGCCUCCACCUCCUCCUGGGCCGCCUCCUGCUCCCUACCUGCCGUCCUCGCAUUUCACGUUCCCGCCGGAGACGGUUGUGGGUCAUACAGGAAAAGCAAUGGCAAAUUCAGAUUUGUCCAAAAUCCAUCAAAAGCCAAACUCUGCCCCAGUGGGUGGUCCCUGCAGCACCUUCUCCAAGAUCCCUUAUUCCCCGGUGAAGGCGGCCAGGAGGGCGAGCUCCAGCGCCUCCUCCCCGGCGCCCUACAGCCCUCCCAACUCCAGGCCCCUCAGCAGCCCCCUCGAAGAGCUAACCAGCCUCUUCAAUUCUGGGAGGAGCGUACUUCGGAAAUCUGCAGCGGGAAGAAAAAUUAGGGAAGCUGAAGGUUUUGAAACUAACAUGAACCUAACUAGCCGGGAUGAUCCUAGUACAUCAGAAAUUGCUUCAGAGACUCAAGAUAGAAAUGCAAAUAACCAUGGAAUUCAAUUAUCUAACUCACUAUCUAGUGCUAUAACUGCUGAAAAUGGGAAUUCUGUCUCAAAUGGUUUACCUGAAGAAGAUGGAUACUCAAGGUUGUCUGUGGGUGGCACCGCGACGUCAUCAUUUCAGAGACACAGAGAGAGUCACACCACUCAGGUAAUCCAUCAGCUGAGGCUCUCCGAGAACGAAAGCGUGGCCCUGCAGGAACUCCUGGACUGGAGGCGGAAGCUCUGUGAGGAAGGCGAGGGCUGGCAGCAACUGCUGCACCACACCGAGCCCAGGGCGCCUCCCCCACCGCCCUGCAAGAAGCCCACUCUGCUAAAGAAGCCCGAGGGGGGCUCCUGCAACAGGCUGCCGUCUGAGCUCUGGGACACCAGCAUGUGAUGGGCUGAACUGCAGACUCACCAAAUAAAACUGCCACAUCCACAGGAGGCUGCCUUCUGACACCUGCUGGGACUUCUCUCCAGGCAUUUACACAAGAAAGCACAGGACACUGACGCUGAAUACAAGAGAUUCCCCCGGGUGUGUGUGUAUGUGUGUGUAUGUGUGUGUGUGUGUGUUCUUAUCCAUUUUGUGGUGAUACACUGACUUUCAGGCUCCACAUUUACAGGGCCAUGCUACCUAGAUAGCCAGAGAAAGGCUGGGAAAAGUGUGGACGAGGCCAGAGAGGGAAAGGGAACCAUGGCGGGAGGGAGCCAUCCAUGCACACUGUACAGUUGUUUUUAUAUAGCACAACAAUAUGUUUAUUGUACUUCCAAUGGUUUUAUUAUAAUACGGUAUACAAGACAUAUAUUUUAUUUCUUUGUAGGUGUUUGUGUUUUACUGGAAUUACAAACCUGAUAAUUAUUUACAUGUUUAUUACUGUAUUUUAUAACUUUAUGCAAUUGGUGGUGCUCCCUUUCUUCAAAAUACAAAUUUUAAAAAAUCAUUUCUAGAUUUUUUUUUUCUCCACACACUUUUUUUAACCUAAGGUACCUAAAAAUCUCGAGACUGUGUUGUUGUUUUAGCUUCGCCAGUGUCAACCCUUGCAAAAGUAUGGAUCGAGUCCCAUGUUUUAGAUUUUAUUCAUUGAAUAGGAGGCAGGUCUUUCCUAUGCUCUGUAUUUCUGGAUAGGUGGAUUAUGCACUCUUUAGUUAAAUUUCACCUCCCAACUUCAGCAUAGGUUACAGGAAAUCAUCUGGCACCCAGUUAAACACAUAUGGAUUCAGAUUCAUAGCUGGUGGUGUACAAUGGUCAUAAUCAUUCAAAGCUAUACCAGUUAGAACAGUAAAGGCUGCAUCACAAGACAAUUGUGCUCUCAGAAUUACGCUGCAUGAUUCACCUGCUGUAUAUACUCCACCCUCCUGUAACGCACCGGCCUGUUCCUUGCUGUGCUUCCGUCGGCUGUCGGGAAGUUCCGAGCAGUGGCUCCAGUCCACCAUGUCUUGCUACUUGGAACUCUUUAUUCAUACCAGCCUUUGAAACGUUACUGUGCCAAUAAAAGAGUUCUAUCUA